AUGGCCUACCAAAUACUUUGCAUCGCCGUCGUGGCUGCCAUCUACGCCCUCAUCAGGUUUCUCAAUGCCACGGAUAUACCCAAGAUCAAGGGUCUUCCCGAGGUUCCUGGAGUCCCCAUCUUUGGAAACUUGAUCGGACUGGGCAACAACCACGCGAGAGUGGCACAAAGGUGGGCAAAGAAAUACGGUCCGGUCUUCCAGACCAGACUGGGCACCCGCCGCGUCGUAUUUGUAAACUCAUACGACUCGGUCCGCCAUUUCUGGAUCACACACCAAUCCUCCCUCAUCUCCCGUCCCGUAUUCCACACCUUUCACUCAGUGCUCUCAACAUCCCAAGGCUUCACAAUCGGCACCUCUCCCUGGGACGAAUCCUGCAAGCGCCGCCGCAAGGCCGCCGCCACUGCCCUCAACAGGCCGGCCGUACAAUCCUACAUGCCUAUUCUCGACCUUGAGUCUACCGUCAGCAUCAAGGAACUCUUCGAGGCUUGCAAGGGCGGCACGCAGCCCGUCGAUCCAAACCCCUAUUUCCAGCGCCUCGCGCUAAAUACCUCGCUUACCUUGAACUAUGGGUAUCGAAUUGCAUCGCUGAACGACGAGCUUUUCCAGGAAAUCACCCAUGUGGAGAGGGAGAUUUCCAAUCUCCGAUCCACGAGCAACAAUUGGCAGGAUUACGUGCCGCUUCUGAGACUAUGGGGCAAGCAGAACGCUGUGGCGAAGGAGAACCGCCUUAGGAGAGACAAGUAUCUCAAGGAAAUGUUGGACCAUCUAAAGGCUAACAUUGAAAACGGCACGGAUAGGCCUUGCAUUACUGGGAAUAUCUUGAAGGAUCCCGAAGCCAAGUUGAAUGCUGACGAAAUCAACUCCAUCUGUCUAACCAUGGUGUCUGCCGGCCUCGACACCAUCCCCGGCAACCUCAUCAUGGGCAUGGCGUACCUCUCUACCGAAGAAGGACAAGCUGUUCAGGCCAAAGCCCUCGAGGCAAUUGAAGACGUCUAUCCCGAUGGUGACGCAUGGGAGAAAUGCCUUGUAGAAGAGAAAGUGCCGUACAUUACGGCCCUGGUCAAGGAAGUCCUUCGAUACUGGACCGUUCUUCCCAUCUGUCUGCCUCGCACUAGUGUUUGCGACAUUCCAUACAGAGAUGCCGUGGUUCCAGCGGGGACCACCUUUUUCAUGAAUGCAUACGCAGCAGACUACGACCCGGAACGGUUCAAGAUGCCCGAACGCUUCGUCCCAGAGCGCUACAUGGACGACAACGAGAUCGGAUCACAGCACUACGCCUUCGGAGCUGGAUCACGAAUGUGCAUUGGAUCCCACCUGGGCAGCAGGCAACUGUACACGGCAUACGUCCGGCUGAUUACGGCGUUUGAAAUGUUUCCCUCGAAGAAUCGUGACGACACCCCGUGCAUGGAUUGUCUCGACUGCUCCGCGAACCCCACUUCGAUGACGCUGGACCCGAAGCCGUUCAAGGUUGGGAUCAGGGCUCGAUGCGAGGAGAAGUUGAGGCAGUGGAUUGCGGAAGCAGAGGAGAGGACCGAGCACUUGAGGUGA